AUGACCCAUAAAGGAGGCGUAGAAGCUCUCAGCAAAACUCUGAGAGAUAUAAGAGAAAAUUGUAGUUUGAUGGGCAGCGUUACAGUUCUCUUAGCUGGAGAUUUUCAACAAACCUUACCCGUCUUUGCACAGACUUGGCUCCAAAUAGGAGAUGGAAAUUACCCUACAGUUGAUAGUAAGAUUAUUAUACUACCAAGUCUGGGUGCGGUAGUAAAAUCUCUUACAGAACUAACCAACAAAGUUUACCCCGACAUCAACAAUAUCAAGGUCAAACCCAUAGACUGGAUAUGCGAGCGUGCUGUUUUGACCCUCAAAAAUGACAGAGCGGCUAGUAUUAAUGAUGUUUUGUUAAAAUCAUUUGAAGGAGAAGAAAUUCAAUAUAAAUUCGUGGAUUCGCCAGCUGCUCUUCCCCGUCAUAAUGUCACACUUACGGUUGGCCCACCAGUUAUGCUAUUAAGGAACUUGAACUCUCCAAAGUUCUGCAAUGGCACCAGAUUGCAAAUAACGGCUUUCCACCGGAAUGUUGUAGAGGCUACGAUAAUCACGGGAUGUGCUCAAGGGGAAAAUGUAUUUAUACCACGAUUACCUUUAAUACCGUCAGAAUACCCAUUCGAAUUCAAAAGAUUGCAGUUCCCCCUGAAGGUCUGCUUCGCAAUGACCAUUAAUAAAGCACAAGGUCAAACACUGACAUUUUUCCACCGUGCCGUUACAGGCCAAAGAAAAACCUUUAAUAACGGCAAAUCAAAAGAAAAAUGGGUACAACUAGGCAACGUCUAA